GGGUGGGCCCUGGCGCCCUCGGAGGGCCCCGGUGGGGCCGUUACCGCCUCGGCGCGGGAGGGCGACCGCCGUCCACGGACUACAAGUCCCAGGGAGCGGCUGUGGGAGCGAGGUUGUCGGAUUGUCUUCCCGCCGCCAGAGCCAGGUGACAUCGUGGUGGCCCAGGAAGCAUGCGGCUGUGGCACUGGGGGCCCUGAAGACUGCCUGGCUUGCAGGGAGGAAUGCUACGGUGGGCAGUGCACUUGGAAGGUGGGCCACGGAGGGUGAACCACGCAGCCGUGGCUGUCGGGCACAAGGUCUAUUCCUUUGGCGGAUAUUGUUCUGGAGAAGACUAUGAGACUCUGCGGCAGAUUGACGUCCAUGUUUUUAAUGCAGUGUCUCUGCGCUGGAUCAAGCUGCCUCCAGUGUGGACAAACAGCCGAGACCACGUGAGAGAGGUGCCCUAUAUGAGGUAUGGGCACUCAGCAGUGCUCAUAGAUGACACCGUCUACAUAUGGGGUGGUCGCAAUGACACUGAGGGAGCCUGCAACGUGCUCUAUGCCUUUGAUGUCAACACGCACAAGUGGUUCACGCCAAAGGUGUCUGGAAUGGUCCCAGGGGCGAGAGAUGGGCAUUCGGCUUGUGUCCUGGGAAAGAGCAUGUUUAUCUUUGGAGGCUAUGAACAGCUGGCUGACUGCUUUUCAAACGAUAUCCAUAAAUUGGACACCACAAACAUGAUGUGGACCUUAAUCUCUGCCAAGGGUACGCCAGCUCGCUGGAGAGACUUCCAUUCAGCUACCAUCAUUGGAACAAAGAUGUAUGUAUUUGGUGGCAGAGCUGAUCGUUUUGGGCCAUUUCACUCCAACAAUGAGAUCUACUGUAACCGCAUUAAAGUAUUUGAUACAGAAACAAACUCCUGGCUGGACUCCCCUCCAACUCCAGUGCUCCCUGAAGGCCGGCGGAGCCAUUCAGCAUUCAGCUACAAUGGGGAGCUAUAUGUAUUUGGUGGCUACAACGCACGCCUGAACAGACACUUCCAUGACCUCUGGAAAUUCAAUCCAGUUUCUCUCUCUUGGAGGAAGAUUGAGCCCAAGGGGAAAGGCCCGUGUCCUCGACGCCGGCAGUGCUGCUGCAGAGUAGGGGACAAAAUCAUUCUCUUUGGAGGCACCAGCCCAUCUCCAGAGGAGGGAAUGGGUGACGAAUUUGACCUGAUGGAUCACUCAGACCUCUACAUCCUCGACUUCAGCCCCAGUCUAAAGACGCUGUGUAAGCUAGCAGUGAUUCAGUACAGCCUGGACCAGUCCUGCCUUCCCCACGACAUCAGAUGGGAGCUCUCGGCCAUGACAACAAACAGCACCAUCAGCCGCCCCAUCGUCUCGUCCCAGGGCUGACGCCGGCUUGUCCCUCUACCACCCUGCCCUCGCCCCUCCACACACUGACUUCUUGCUCCACUGCCUGCAUGAGUUUUUAGCCCUUUCAAGCAAGGAACAUGUGAGCUCAGUUUGUUUUGCCCUAGCCAGGCCUCCCUCUGCCCUUGUUACGCUUUGGGCAUCACGAGUGUGCAGGCAGAGCCGUCCGCCGGGGAAGAAAUUGGUUCGCCCCAGCAGCACAACUGUGAACCCCGCUCCUUGCUGAUGGCUCCAGCGUCUCCUGCCUUCCUUCCCCUUGCCUGUGGAGCUGUGGCUGUACUGGCCUGGUCCCCAGCCACUUUCCAAGGGCCUGAAUCAACUCCGACCACCAGCCACGGCCCUGGGCUUGGCCCUUGGGCUAUGAACUGUUCCUGCGCUGCCUGGAGAGAGCAGGGACCUCCAUGCCUGCACCCGCCAGUGCUGACCAGCGUCCUGGCACCGGAUGGCAGGCCCUAGCCCCAAGCUGAGCCUGAUGUGGGGGCCUGGGCCCAGCUGGACUCUCUGCCCAGCUCCUGUUGUAAAACAGAAACUGGGGGGAGUUUUAUAAAUGCUGAGGCAGA